AUGGAAGAGAACGAAAAUCAUAAUAACAAAGAAGAAAAGGACGAUGAUUGUGAUGAUUUUAAAAUUGUUGAUGGCAGAACAUUUAUUAAUAUAAAGGAAUCAUGUGCAUUCUUGCCUGUUGAUUACAAGUCAAUGUCUAAAAUGGAAAUUUUAGAAGUUAUAUCACAACAUAUAUGGAAUAGUAAAUUUUCUCCUCCCGUGAAAGAAAUAUUAGAGAAUGGUGGCGCAUCUGUAAUAGACGUUGGGUGUGGGUCUGCAACUUGGUUAAUGUUCAUGGCGGAGGAAUUUCCAAAGUCAUCAUUUGUUGGAAUUGAUAUAGCAAGUUUGAAAGAUAUCAAAAAAGAAUUACCAACAAAUAUGGCAAUAAUUAAACAUAAUAUACUUGAUGGUCUACCAUUUCCAGAUGACACUUUUGACUUUGUUCAUCAAAAACAUAUGUUUACUGCGCUAAAAAUUGAUCAAUGGCCUUUUGUAAUUGACGAACUGAUACGUAUAACUAAACCUGGUGGUUGGAUUGAAUUUGUGGAAUAUGAACAAAAUCCAUAUUCCUUUGGUCCAUUGGGAGAAAUUUUUUUUGCUGAACUUACAAAACUAUGCAAAUCACGUGGUAUGAAUAUGUCAUGUUGUGAAUCUAUUGAAGAAAAACUAACAAAUUCUGAUAAAAUAAUUGAAAUUAAUCAUCAAGCAAAAAAAUUUCCAUUAAGUGGUCAUGGUAUGGCUGAACCCAUGAGGACUUAUUUCCCAUCAAUUAUUGGAGUUAGUUUAGAAGAGUACGAUGAAAUGAUUAGAAAAUUUAUUUUAGAAAUUAUUAAGUAUAAAACUUAUCUAAAAAGUUCUAGGUAA